AUGUCGGGUGUGAACGGGGAGAAGUCCCUGUCCAGGGGAUGUUCCGCCCGGAUUCUACGUAUGAGGCGGCGGGUGGAGGGGCUUUGGGAGUGGGGGAUGAGCUGGCAGUGGUGCGCUGCUGUGGUCCUGCUGUGGUCCCUCAGCGUCAGCGCCUCCCGCAUAUACCUGGGCAUGCAUACCCUGCUGGACGUGGUGUGUGGGGCGCUGCUGGGCCUCCUGCUGCUGGUGCUGCUGGUCCCCACGAUGGGGGCCCUGGACGAGGCCCUGCUGACGAGGCCUCAGGCCCCAGUCGUGGUCUUCUGCUUCACCCUCGCCGCCGUCGCCGCCUACCCCGCCACCGCCACCUGGAACCCUGCUAGGGGGGACACGGCCGUCAUCCUGGGGGUGGGGUGUGGAACCCUCAUGGGGGCGUGGCUCAACUUCCAGACGGGGGUCAUAACCCCCAUCGCCCCCAUCCCCCCCGUGGGGCCCGUGUUCUCUGAUGACCCUGGCCCCACUCAAGACCCUGACCCCCUAGACCCUCGCUACCCGAUCUUGUGGCCCAGUGGGGGGAUGGUGGGGCUGGCUGUGGGGCGCACGCUGCUGGGGCUCCUGCUUAUCCUGCUGGUGCGCUGCGUGGUGCGACCUGUGGCCAUGAAGGCCUUGUGCGCCGCCAUGCAUGUGGACAUCGAAGACUACCUUAGCCACAACCUGCCUUCGACAGCUCAGACCACCGCGUCCCCCCCUGCUGGGGGGGCGGUACAGCCCCCAUCCUGUCCUCCCGUCGACGGCAAAACUCCCUCUGUAGCUCCUCCCCCAGAGGGGGAAAGGGUUCUACCCUCACCUUCUUCUCAAGGGGACUGUCCCUCUGUUGUCCACUGUCCCUCGCAAGAGCCCCACCUUGCGCAGUGUCCUUUGUCCGCCAGUCCACACAAAGGGCGGCGCCCUUUGUCGCGUGUGCAGCACUGCUUCAUCGAGUGCGGCUACAAGUUCCUGACGUACAUCUGCAUCGGGCUGUCCUUCUCCGCCCUCGCGCCCGCCGCCUUCAGGGGCCUGGGCAUCGAGAGGCCCACCUUCUGCACUGAAGUCUGAGGCCCACCUUCUGCACUGAAGUCUGAGGCCCUCCUUCUGCACUGAAGUCUGAGGCCCACCUUCUGCACUGAAGUCUGAGGCCCUCCUUCUGCACUGAAGUCUGAGGCCCUCCUUCUGCACUGAAGUCUGAGGCCCUCCUUCUGCUCUGAAGUCUGAGGCCCGCGUUCUACACUGAAGUCUGAGGCCCUCCUGCUCUGAAGUCUGAGGCCCUCCUUCUGCUCUGAAGUCUGAGGCCCGCCUUCUGCUCUGAAGUCUGA